AUGGUUAAACACACAGUAAUAGCUAGAAUCUCUGAUGGCCUUCCGUUAGCAGCCUCAGUUGACGAUGAUCAGUCUAAUGAAGCAGAACUUGCAGAUUAUAAAAAUAAAGCCAAACUUCUGUUUAAGAAAAUGAAUGAAAAUUCUGAAGAACGAUGUUCAAUUGAAUCAGGAAAUUAUGUUUUCCAUUAUCUUAUUCAAAAUGGAGUUUGUUAUAUGACAAUUUGUGAAAGGUCAUAUCCACGUCAGUUUGCGUUUAGUUAUUUGGAAGAACUUGCGAAAGAGUUUUUGAUGAGUUAUGGAAACGAAGUUGAGAAACGAACUUUGAGACCUUAUGCAUUUGUUAAAUUUGAUACUUUUAUGCAAAAAACUAAAAAAGUGUAUCAAAACACUAGAACACAACAUAACCUUGAUCGAUUAAAUACAGAAUUAAAUGAAGUAGCUAAUAUAAUGACUAAAAAUUUGGAAAAUGUCUUAUGGAGAGGCGAAGGGCUAGAAAAAAUGAGUUCUUUAUCUGAUCAACUUCGUUACGAGUCUCAAAAAUAUAAAAAAUCAGCAAGAGAUCUUCAUCUACAACUUCUUUACCGUAAAUAUGGACCUUUGGCAUUUAUAAUUUUUAUAUUUGGAAUAGUUAUAUAUUGGAGAUUUUUAUGGUAA